UUCAGUUUUCGUGUCUGACCGUGGACUGAGUGCCGUCGUGAAAAGGUAGCGAACAGCUUUAUUCGGUGUCUAAUUCCAGAGCCAAAAACUGCGUAAAAGGGGUUGGUUAGCCCAACGGCCCAGAGACUGAUUUCCCCAUAAAUCGCCUCCGCAAGAUAUUUUCAAGCAUGAGAAUCGAUUAUCUAUAAAAAUUAGGAAAGAUACCCAAGUCUUGGUUUCAAAUGGCACCCAAAUUUAUGCUGUUGUCGGAGCGAAUAUAAUCCGAGUCCUUUCCAGUUACAACCGAUUAAUGUCCAGAGGGGAGUGAAAGCGAAAUUGGUGUCCUAGCCGAUAUCGUGCGAGAUUGAAUAGAUAAAGUGGUCCAUGGAGUUGGUCUAAUAUUAGUCGAGUUUCGAAGUGCCGGUAGAGAUUAAUUAACAGUGCAUUAGUGGAAAGGAAUUUCGAUCAAGUCAACAAGUGCCGGUACAGUCUAUCUAUGUGCGCUCGUUUGGGUGCGUCGUAAAAUGGAGGACGAUCGCGACGAGUCGGCGUCAAUUGGUUGCAUGGGAAAAUUUGCAAUGUUCUUUCGUCACACCUCAAAGGUGUCCAUAAAUAAUACAUCCACAGUUGAUGCCUCAUCGCCGAGCACUAAAAAGCGCGGCUACAAGAGGAAUCGUGGCACGAAUAAUAUAAUAACUGAUAGGAAGAAUUCAAUCUCGAAAAAUAAUAGUAAAAGUGAAUCGUCCCUGAUCGACCUAAAAAAACAGCUCGAAGCGCGAAUGAUAGAGGGAAGUGCGACCGAGGCUACGGGCCCUCAUACGAAAGCGGAUAUUCUCGAUAACAUUGUUUUCUCACAAUCGACAAACAGACGCAACGACAGCGCUGAUAGCGACGAUACAAAGCUCUUAUCAGGCGUGACAGCAACAGGUGAUACAGGCGAUAAGGCAAGUAGAAGUGAUAAAGCAAUCAAUAAUGCCACAAGAGGGACGACUAUCAUCCCACCCACACCCUAUGGAAAUAUUCCGAUAAUUUAUAAUGUCUGCAAUACCAAAACUGUGGGAGGUGAAAAGGAGAAAAAUAUUGAAAUUCGUGACGAUGACUAUGAUAGCAGCGAGGAGGUCUUGCUCAGGAAGCGCGUCUCAAUUUCGAGAUCUGAUAAGGACUUUGCGGACGAAAUGAACGAUUCAGUCCCGCCCCUGCGUAGACCUCGACAAAUGCGAACAUAUGGAAGUGCAAGCGGUACACCUAUCCCCAUUCGGCCUGAUAUCGCCGAAUUGAUUCGAACCUUAGAUCCGGACGCUCUGCGAAUCAACCAACUGAUAUCGGAUGAUAAAGCAAACACUGGAGGUGGUGUGGAAGGUUGGGAUACACAGACGGUAGGAAUAUCGGUACAGGGGUUGGAUAUUCAUUGUAACAAUAAAUCAAGUGACGGUGUCAACCCCAUCACAAAAUCAAGGCCAGCAGGGACCAGCUUAUUUGAAAGGCGGGUGCCGACUGGUGAAAGGCUCAGCUUGUAUAUAGGCGGGAAAACAGACCUCGGGAACGGACAUCGAAAAAAGAAAGAGAAACCUCUUAUGGAUUUAAAGCAUCCAACGGUAUUACCACCCAAUCCUCAACUUAAGGCUUUACUUAUCUUCCAUAAAGCGGAUAGUGUUUGUGAAACAUUUAACAAUGCGUGCCAUAGACAUCAGUUGGAAGUUACACUAGUCAAAACCAAGGAGACCGCCUUGGAGGCAUUUCAGAAUAACACGGCCGGUUCACAUCAUUUGAUAAUUAUUGAUGCAAGAUAUCCGAAAUAUCUCGAUGCUGAAUAUAUUGCCAGAUCGGUGAGGCAUACGCCUGGGUGCCAUUUCACAACUAUUAUUGGAAUCGUUAAGAAAAGUUUUUUCGAAAAAGAUGAAGCUUCCCUCAAUGCAUUACUUGACGCUGGCGUCAAUCGAUGUAUAGUCGAAACGCAAAAUAUUUCAGUAUGUAGUACGGAACUGAAACAAGUUCUACAUUCAAUUGUACGGCCUCAGCAUGUCAUGUCGACACAACAGGCUCUUUACACCGCACUGCAUCGUCUCAAGGAAGUGCUGAUAAUUACCGAUGAUUUGUUAAGAAUACAGUAUGCAAAUAAGUCAGCGGAACGUCUGCUGAAUAUGAGACUGGACGAAGUAAUUAGUCGACCGCUAUCAGAUAUAUUUUUAUCGGAUUUAUCUUCACUCAAAAACCGGAGAGACUUUGAUGGAAUUUUGACGGUGAAACGAAAAGGACAUGAUGGCAUUGCCAUGCAUGUUCGAGGUGUACCUGUAGCCUGUAUUGGUCGAGCACCAACACACUAUGUACUGAAUUUCGAUGUUCCUGGUGGACAGGCCGAUUUCAUUGCAUCUCUCCCGCAACCUAAAGAAGCUCCUCGAGGUUCAUUACAUUCAAUACGAAGAGGCAGCUUCGAUGUUCGAUCAGUAGCGUCAGAUGGACUUCGGAGAACAAGUCUCGCCAAACUAACAUCUUUACCAUUAGAAGCUCCGAUAACAAAAGUAGUCAAUCUUCUCUCACAAGUACAAGAGAACUGCUCACAGGAAGAGGCUAGACUGAUAGAUAAAGUUUUAGAAUUCUUAAAACGAGAAGGAUUGUAUAGCCCGCAAAUGAAGGAGAUUAAAACUGAGGAUCCUAUAGCGACUGAUUUGAUUGGUGCUUUACUAACGCAGGGGCCGACAAAUUUAUACUCCUCUAGACGUAGUUCAAAUGAUUCAAUUAUGCGAGUAUCAACCAGCCGAGCUUCUGGAAUAUUACCAGCUAAAAUGAAGGCCAAUUCUCAAAUUAUGGCAAUGCUUGAAGAAUCUCUAGACUGGGACUUUGACAUAUUAAAAUUAGAAGAAAUCACUGAAAAACGACCCUUACUCUAUCUUGGCAUGGAAAUGUUUCGACGUUUCGAUGUCUUUGCCACCUUCAACACGGAUGAGAAUACAUUCAAAACCUGGUUGGCCGUUAUGGAAGCUCACUACUUUGCCCAAAAUUCGUAUCACAAUAGUACCCAUGCAGCCGAUGUAAUGCAGGCAACUGGAGUUUUUCUACAUCAAUUAGCUGAAAAGAAUUUAGCGAUGGACCGAAUGGACGAAGCAACGGCCUUAAUAGCAGCAGCAACCCAUGACAUUGACCACCCUGGCCGCUCCUCGGCAUUCCUAUGCAAUUCUGAUAGUCCGUUGGCUAUUCUUUAUAAUGAUCUAUGCGUGCUUGAAUCCCAUCAUGCAGCAACAACGUUCAAAUUAACUUUAGGCGAUGACAAAAUCAACAUAUUUAAAAAUUUAGAUAGGGAAACAUACAAAGUGGCCAGAAGUGUUAUAAUCGAUAUGAUUUUGGCAACUGAAAUGACUCGACACUUCGAACAUUUAGCUAAAUUCGUUAGCGUAUUUGGCACCGAUGAACCAAGAGAUCAGCUCGCUCAGAGUGAGGACGAUAAUCAAAUUCUGAUCAGACGCAUGCUCAUCAAAUGUGCUGAUGUUAGCAAUCCAGCCAGACCGCUUCCAUACUGUGUCGAAUGGGCUCGCAGGAUCGCUGAGGAGUAUUUCACUCAGACUGACGAGGAAAAGGCGAGAAGUCUCCCAAUUGUGAUGCCAAUGUUCGACCGCGCCACGUGCAGUAUAUCAAAGAGUCAGAUAGGAUUCAUUGAGUAUAUAAUCCAGGACAUGAUGCAUGCUUGGGACAGUUUCAUAGACAUGCCCCAACUAAUUCACCACAUGCAGUACAACUAUUCGCAAUGGAAAAAGUACGAAGAACAGGGAAUUCACACGCUGGCCGAUAUUAAGAAUAAGCAAACUACUCUGAAUGCCAAAAAAUCCAUAGCAAAAUAACAAAUAGCCUUCACAAAACUACUACUCAGGAUCUUUUGAUGCCAUAAACCUUACCGGAAACCAUCUCCAUUGAACGGUUAUAUGUACAAGCGCUUGCCAAGGACCAGACCCUUUAUAGCCCAAAUGAGAGAAUCCUCAAAAACCGCAAAAUGAAAUAAAUAAAAAAAUAAAAAUAAAAAAAAAUUGAUGUAUAUCCACGUAAUUGUGCACUUGAACUAACUACCUUCGUUUCCUUCCUGAAACAACGUAAUAGAGAUAACAAAGCUAAAAUCUGCUGCAGUGCUAAAUGAAUUGUGGAACAGGCUCGCCAAGGACUCCGUACUAAUAAAGAGUAAUCAAAUGUGUAUGAAUUGUUGGAUAUUGUGAAGAGGUUUCAAACUACAUAACAUAGAAAGCUGAAACUGAAACAAAUUUAGGACUAAUCUUAACUAAUUUAAACUGUUUUGGUUCAUAGGUAAUUUUCUUGAUUUAACUUAACUUUAUAGUUACAAAAACAUGGCUAUGCUGGACAUACCAUUUGAAAAAGAAAAUUUAGAAACAAUUUACAACUAUAUUCGAUUUAAGAAAUGAUAAAAAAAGGAAUAACUUAAUUAUAUGUAUAUUAUUUAAUAGAUGUUAUGUAAAUACGAUAUAUUUAUCACAUAUCAUGUAGUGUAAUAGUUUAUAUGAGAAAAGUGAAAAGGAUAAUACAGAUAAUGAGAAUGAAAUGUAUACUUAUAAAAUCUCCUCUAAUAAACUUUUGUGUGGAAAGCACAUGGAUUGUUUGCCACAUUCAU